UCCGUUUUGGCAGUUGGGGCUGCCGUUGAAGGAAGAGAGGUGGGUUCGGUGCGCAGGCGCGAAUGCUCCGUUCGUUUCUCGUUUUGUGAGGAAACCGCGCAGCAGUGAGCGAGCGACCUUCUGGCGCUGCCUGGGGACUCGGAGCGGUAACUACAGCAGUCCAAAACCUUCCAUCUAGACAAGCUGUUGGCCUUGAUCUACUAGCAAAGGCUGUUGCCAUAAAGAAUUUAUGAAGACAGGCUGAAAUUCUACUCUUUAAAAAAACAUGUCUACAGCUGGUGCAUCAAUCAGGGGUUGCAAGAGCUUUAGUUUUGACACCCUGAAGGUACAUCAGAUUGGCUGCUGGGAACACUUUGAAAUGUUGUCCGCAAUGAAAUUAAUGUUCACACUCUUUCUUUCUGGAAUUCUAGCCUGUUAUGGUGGAAAUGCUAAUUACAAUUCAAUACUCCUGGUGUCCUUUGAUGGUUUCAGGGCUGACUAUCUAAAAAACUAUAGAUUUCCUCAUCUCCAGGAGUUUAUUGAGGAUGGUGUGUUGGUAGAACAUGUUACAAAUGCUUUUAUCACAAAAACUUUCCCAAACCAUUACAGCAUAGUGACAGGCUUAUAUGAAGAAAGCCAUGGCAUUGUGGCUAACGCAAUGUAUGAAGAAGAUACAAAGAAGAAGUUUUCAGAGCUUAAUGAUACAGAUCCUUUCUGGUGGAACGAGGCAACUCCUAUUUGGGUGACAAAUCAGCAGCAAGAAAAUAGAAGAAGUGCUGCUGCAAUGUGGCCUGGUACUGAUGUAAAAAUUAAUAACACAAUACCUCAUUUUUUUAUGAAGUAUAAUUAUUCAGUGACAUUUGAAGAGAGAAUGGAGAACAUUAGUAUGUGGCUGAACAACUCUAACCCACCAGUUACUUUUGCUACCCUCUAUUGGGAAGAACCAGAUGCAAGUGGGCAUAAAUAUGGACCAGGAGAUAAAGAAAACAUGAGAAAAGUGUUAGAACAAGUAGAUAAUCACAUUGGUUCACUUAUUUAUAAACUCAAGACAUUGGGAUUGUGGGAGAACAUUAAUGUCAUAAUUACAAGUGAUCAUGGAAUGACCCAGUGUUUCCCACACAAGCUGAUUAAACUGGAUGACUGCAUUGGCCGUGGUAACUACACUCUAGUAGACACGACACCAGUUGCUGCAAUACUGCCAAGAAAUAACAAAACCUAUGUAUAUAACUUACUGAAAAACUGCAGCACUUCCAUGAAGGUGUAUCUUAAAGAAGAGAUUCCAGACAGAUUCCAUUACCAUCACAAUAAGCGCAUUCAACCCAUAAUUCUGGUUGCAGAUGAGGGCUGGACAAUUGUACAAAGUGGGUCACUUACAAAAUUAGGUGACCAUGGCUAUGACAAUGCUCUCCCAAGCAUGCAUCCGUUCCUGGCUGCUCACGGUCCUGCUUUUCGCAAAGGCUACAAGCAGAACACAAUUAAUAAUGUUGAUAUCUACCCAAUGAUGUGUCACAUCCUCCGAUUAAAACCUCAGCCCAAUAAUGGAACCUUCAGCAACACCAAGUGCUUGUUAGUUGACCAGUGGUGCAUAAAUCUCCCUGAAGCAAUUGGAAUAGUUGUUGGUGUCCUCCUAGUGUUAACUACUCUGACCUGCCUUAUAAUAAUAAUGAAGAAUAAAGUGUCCUCUCCACGUCCGUUCUCCCGACUUCAGCUACAAGAGGAUGACGAUCCCUUAAUUGGAUAGCAGAUGUAGGAAGUCCUAACCUCACUACUACAUAAAUAUUAGGGUCUGGAAAUAAGUAGUAUGUUUAAUCUGCAAGUUUGCUGAUCAUUCUAUGAUGCACUUUAAACAGUACUCAUUUAAAAUUGCCUAAGAUGUACAGACAAAAACCUGUUGAACUGUUUGCCUCUGCAUCUUGACUAACAAUUCAAUAGCACAAGAUUCACAAAAAGAAUCUACACUGAAAGGAUCCUGUGUUUCCUACUGGAAAAGGCAUUUAACAAGACAAAGAUGUUAGUUUUGCAUUCGGAUAUUUACACACUUGUAAAAUAAAAUGUCAACUAUAAACUAACUAGGCUAGGAGUCUGAAUUUUAACAUUUGUAAAUGAAACUGGCUGCAUUUUGUAUUAAAUUUAAUAGCAGUGAUCUCUUUACAAUUCUUGCACUCCUGUAUCAGUUGGAAAAAUCUGGCCUGGGUCUUAGACUUUAAGACCACUGGUUUUCUGGCUGGUGUAUAUUUGUUCUUGGAAACAGAGAUUCCAAUUUCUUGUAUCUAAAUAAACCAGCAAUAGAAAAUUCAGCACUAGUGGCAGUUCUCCCCUGCAACUUAUAUAAGUCAAGUUGUACAAUGUUCAUUGUUUAACUAGGAUGUGGUAUAAUCUAAAAUACAGGAAUGGGUUUAUGGAUAUUGAGGUUCUUGUAACCACUUCUGACUUUCUGCAUGGCCUUGUGCAAGUCAGUUGACUUUUCUCUACCGCAGUUUCCUCAUCUAUAGAACUGGGUUGACGCUUCGUUACCUCGCAGAGAUGACUUUAAUAGUGAGUUUGUUUGUGAAAGGUUUUGAGAUUCUCAGGUGGAGGUCUUGAAGUACAAAGUACUAUUAAAAAGAAGAAUAUGAAAACAUUUCUCAGAUAUACCCCUACUUACCUACAGGCAGUCUUUCAUAUACACUUAAAGACCCAAGUUUGGGAUUAUUAUUAAUUAUUUUUUUUUAAUGGGGACCCCUUACUUCAGGGUUCAAAGCUUUCUUUGGUUAAAACAUGACUGUAAUAACACAUGAAGAAAAACUUGGUUUAGGGCUUAGGUAAGGAUAUGAAAAACCAAUGGACUUUAUCCUAUGAGGAAGGGUACCUUUUUGGAUCUAAACCUAUUAACAACACAAUUUUAAAGUUCUAUUGUAAACUAAUGGUAUUUUCUGAAAACCACUGAACCUUUUAGUGAUGCAGUAUGAUUUGCUAUAUGCUACUUCACUCCCAGCCUGCUGAUCAGGGCUUGAAGAAAGAGCUCAAAAGUGCUGAGCGUUGCUCUUGAAUGGUGCCUUGCUGAUACUCAGAGUGGCAGUGGUAGCUCCAAAGCGAGCUGCAUCCAGUUUUCCAGGGGUAGAAAGAAUGGAAAAUAAAGGGAAUCUAGAAUUAGUCACCUUUGUGUAUAUGUGUGUGUAUAUAAUGUGCUUAAGAUCAGACUAUUUUUUAAAUGGCUAGUGCCUUAACUUGGUGAAAUAUUUAUAUUUUGAUUGUAUGUUUUUGGUUUCUGUGAAAACAUUUUGCAUAUGUAAAAUAAAUUUUAGAAAGUGUCAAA